AUGUCCUCCAACCCCCCGCCAGUCGCGUCUUCUUCGAAAGCUUCUGCAUCCUCUGGCCCCACCUCUCCCUCGCAGAACCAGCCCCUCACCCUCAACACCGUCAACUUCUUUGGCCAGCAGCGGGGUAGCUCCGGAACAGGGGCCUCGAGUCGCGCUUCUCCCACGCCUCGGAAUAACCAGCAGGGCAAGAAGCAGCACAAGGGCUCCAAGCGCUUCAGGGCGACCGACGAGGAUGCUAUUGUUGAGUCACUCGCCAUGCGUCCAUUCAACAACCGCAAGGGACAGACGUCCAUCACUCACCUGAUGAACUUCAGUCUGCCGCCACGGCCUCAGAACCACCAAUCGCACGGCUAUGGCAGGAACAACCGCCGGAAUCCGACUUGGGGUCUGGGUUCGGGCUAUCAUGCCGUAGACAAGGCGCGCUACGUGCAUGCCAACUACCGCUUUAUUGUCGACCCGCGUGGCGACUAUCGCGCCCAGAGCGUUGAUGCUGACAUCCACCUGGACUGGAAUAAUGUCCUGCAGAUCUUGGCGUCCGAACUUUCGCAAGAGGCUUCCUGUCCCAUCUGCCUCGGGACUCCGGUAGCCCCGAGGAUGGCCAGAUGUGGUCACAUAUUCUGCUUGCCUUGCCUUAUUCGCUACAUGCAUUCUGAGGACGAUGGCAAGGCUCCCGAGAAAAGAGCGCGUUCAAAGAAGUGCCCCCUGUGCUUUGACACAGUCUACAUUACCGAAACUCGUCCUGUCCGGUGGUACAUUGGGCAGGAGGGCGAGCCGCCGCGGGAAGGCGGCGACGUUGUCCUUCGCUUGGUGGUGCGACCAGCUGGAAGCACGCUGGCCAUGCCGCGUGAUGGGGCAGAUGCGCUGGGCAAGGACGAAGAUAUACCCUGGCACUUCGCCGCUGAAGUUAUGGACUAUGCGCGCGUCAUGCGCGGUGGAGAAGACUACAUGAUGGAGCAGUUUGACCAGGAGAUUGCAAGACUGCAGCAGCAAGAGAAGGAAGACGAAGUUAUGUUCGGCGAAGACAACAUUGAAUGGAUGCGCAAGGCCGUGCGGAGCAUACGGGAGUCGAAAGAGAAGACCAAAGGUAUUGGCAACCCUCCCGAGAUGCCUACCAAGCCUACAGAGCCCAAGAUCAAGCGUGCACCCAUUGUGUUCAACGAAGAUUCCGCUGCAGUGCCGGAGAUGUACAGCAUCCAGAAUGCUACCAAGUCUGGACAGGACUUUACGUCGCCUGCUCCAUCAUCAGAAGCUGCGCCUGCUCCAGGUCAGCAACGGACUAUGUCAAUGUCGUCUCACUCCUCAAGGACUAGCAUACCGGCCACGCUCGCUGAGAUCCGGAAUCGACAACAGCACGAACACCACAACACGCCAUCGGAGUAUUUCUUUUAUCAAGCAUUGUUCCAUUACUACCUUUCGCCGCUCGACAUUCGCAUCCUCAAAGCCGCCUUUGGCAAUUUCGCUUCAUUCCCAGCAACCAUCCUGCCCAGGGUCGAGCAUGUCUCGACUGGUCAUGUCGUUGAUGACGAGCUACGAAAGCGGACCAAGUACUUGGCACAUCUCCCAUAUGGCUGCGAAGUAGGUUUCCUAGAAUGCGACUGGACCGAUACUGUCUCGCCCGAAGUCUUGGAAAAGUUUAAACCCGAGAUUGAGCGGCGGAGGAAAAAACAUACGGAGAAGGAUAAUCGAGAAGAAAAAGCACGGUUACGAGCCGAAAAGGCAGAGUAUGCCGAGUUUGCAUCAGGGCGUAGGAAGCGUCCAAGCAUCUCUGAGAGGUUCUCAGCGGACGACUUCCAGCCGCUGCAGCCUAGUAGUGUCUCAGAUGCGCAUGGUGUUGAUGGCGAUCUCAACUCGACUUCACCGCCGUGGCCGACCAGGCGUGGCGAGGGCUUCGCCUCCCUAGCUUCCCCAUCGACCAGCCCGUCUGCCCCGCGCACUGUCUGGGGCACUGCAGCUAUUGCAGCUGCAUCGCCAUCGAUGGGACCACAGAUAGAUAAUGACGCUGAUGAUGGAUGGCUACAGGGCUGGGAGAAGGACUUGCUCCAAGAGGACGAUGUCAUCGCCCAGGUGCAAGCCAUGUCUUUAGGUGAUGAGGAAGCGCCUAAGAAGCAGGCCGGUGGCAAGAAGAAGAAGGGCAAGAAGAUCACGCUGAUGAGCACGAAUGUCAGACGAGGCGCAUGA